GAAGUCAGACCGGAAGUGGAAGUGGUCCCCGAAGGCUGUUUCGUCGCUGAUGUCAGGAGUAUUUUCACGUUUUAAUGCCGAGAGGUCUCUGUGAUGAUUCUGGUUCUUGGGUGUCUCUGGGGAGUACCUGGGCCAGACCUUCCUCCAGACUCCAGCCCACCUCUUCGGAGCAGGUCUGCUGAGUUCACAGAUGACCACUAAACUUCAGGCACCCUAGAGAAAAAGGGUUGAGAUCCAGUGUGGCCAUGCCAGCUAGUUGGACCUCACCCCAGAAAUCCUCAGCCCUGGCUCCAGAGGAUCAUGGCAGCUCCUAUGAGGGAUCAGUGUCCUUCAGGGAUGUGGCUAUCAAUUUCAGCAGAGAGGAAUGGCAGCACCUGGACCUUUCUCAGAGAAACCUGUACCGGGAUGUGAUGCUGGAGACCUACAGCCACCUGCUUUCAGUAGGGUAUCAAGUUCCUAAACCAGAGGUGGUCAUGUUGGAGCAAGGAAAGGAAUCAUGGGCACUGCAGGGUGAGAGGCCACGUCACAGCUGCCCAGGAGAGAAAUUAUGGGACCAUAAUCAACAUAGAAAAAUCAUCGGUUAUAAACCAGCUUCCUCUCAAGAUAAAAAAAUUUAUUCUGGGGAAAAAUGCUAUGAGUGUGCCGAAUUUGGAAAGAGCUUCACCUGGAAGUCACAGUUCAAGGUACAUCUGAAAGUUCCUACAGGAGAAAAACUCUAUGUAUGUAUUGAAUGUGGGAGGGCUUUUGUACAGAAGCCAGAAUUCAUCACACAUCAGAAAACCCAUAUGAGAGAGAAGCCCUAUAAGUGCAAUGAAUAUGGAAAAUCCUUUUUUCAAGUAUCGUCUCUUUUCAGGCAUCAGAGAAUUCAUACCGGAGAAAAACUAUAUGAAUGUAGUGAAUGUGGGAAAGGCUUCCCUUAUAACUCAGAUCUCAGUAUACAUGAGAAAAUUCACACUGGAGAGAGACACCGUGAAUGCACUGACUGUGGCAAAGCGUUCACACAAAAGUCCACACUCAAGAUGCAUCAGAAAAUCCAUACAGGCGAGAGAUCCUACAUCUGUAUUGAAUGCGGACAGGCCUUCAUCCAGAAAACACAAUUGAUUGCACACCGAAGAAUUCAUAGUGGAGAAAAACCAUAUGAGUGCAGUAACUGUGGCAAAUCCUUCAUUUCCAAGUCACAACUUCAGGUACAUCAACGUGUUCACACAAGAGUGAAGCCGUAUAUAUGUACCGAAUAUGGGAAGGUCUUCAGCAAUAAUUCCAACCUCAUUACACAUGAGAAGGUUCAAAGUAGAGAGAAAUCUUCCAUAUGUACUGAGUGUGGGAAGGCCUUUACCUACAGGUCAGAGUUGAUUAUUCAUCAGAGAAUUCACACUGGAGAGAAACCUUAUGAAUGCAGUGACUGUGGAAAAGCCUUCACUCAGAAGUCAACACUCACAGUGCAUCAGAGAAUUCAUACAGGAGAAAAAUCGUAUGUAUGUAUGAAAUGUGGCCUGGCCUUCAUCCGGAAGGCACACUUGGUUACUCAUCAAAUAAUUCAUACUGGAGAGAAACCUUAUAAAUGUGGUCACUGUGGGAAAUUGUUUACUUCCAAGUCACAACUCCAUGUUCAUAAACGAAUUCACACAGGAGAAAAGCCCUAUGUGUGCAAUAAAUGUGGGAAGGCAUUCACCAACCGGUCAAAUCUCAUUACACAUCAGAAAACUCAUACAGGAGAGAAAUCUUAUAUAUGUUCCAAAUGUGGAAAGGCCUUCACCCAGAGGUCAGACUUGAUUACACAUCAGAGAAUCCAUACUGGGGAGAAGCCUUAUGAAUGCAAUACUUGUGGAAAAGCCUUCACUCAGAAGUCAAAUCUUAACAUACACCAGAAAAUUCACACUGGAGAGAGACAGUAUGAAUGCCACGAAUGUGGGAAAGCCUUCAACCAGAAAUCGAUACUCAUUGUUCAUCAGAAAAUUCAUACAGGAGAGAAGCCCUAUGUAUGCACUGAGUGUGGAAGAGCUUUCAUCCGCAAGUCAAACUUUAUUACUCAUCAAAGAAUUCAUACUGGAGAGAAGCCUUAUGAAUGCAGUGACUGUGGGAAGUCCUUUACCUCCAAGUCUCAGCUCCUAGUGCAUCAGCCAAUUCACACAGGAGAGAAACCCUAUGUGUGUGCCGAGUGUGGGAAGGCCUUUAGUGGCAGGUCAAAUCUCAGUAAGCACCAGAAAACUCAUACCGGAGAAAAGCCCUACAUUUGUUCUGAAUGUGGGAAGACAUUUCGACAGAAGUCAGAGUUGAUUACACAUCAUAGAAUUCAUACUGGAGAGAAACCGUAUGAGUGCAGUGACUGUGGGAAGUCUUUCACUAAAAAAUCACAGCUCCAAGUGCAUCAACGAAUUCACACCGGAGAGAAGCCUUACGUGUGUGCUGAGUGUGGGAAGGCCUUUAGCAACAGGUCAAACUUGAAUAAACAUCAGACAACACACACUGGAGACAAACCCUACAAGUGUGGCAUCUGUGGGAAAGGCUUCGUUCAGAAAUCAGUGUUCAGUGUCCAUCAGAGCAGCCACGCUUGAGAGAAACAGUGUGAGAAAACCCCACUGAGGGUUGGGUCUGAUUGUACACUGUUGCGUGCAUGCAGCAGAAAAAUAUGUAUAUUAUUAUAAAUAGAAACGACCACAUCAGAAUGUCACACAUGACUGUUCUGGAGAGGGCCUCUGAGAAGGCACUGAAUGAGGCGAGGGACCCUUCCUACAUUGUCACCAUCCCCAAUAAACCUUGGGGCAUUAUUCAUACUGACAAGGAACGGAGUCAAUUUGGUGAAUAGAAAAAGCCUCCUCAUGAAAACUACAGUGGAACACUGUUACCAAAUUCUUCAUAAGAAAGAUCAUAUUAUGGGAAUGAUAAUCCUGUUUACUGUGGAUUAGGUAUAGUGCCAACAGUUUGAAUGGUAAGACGACAUAAUAUAUAUGAUAGUGAUGAA